GAAAAUCUCCAGCAUGGUGAGAACACAACCAUGCUACCUAUAGUCCCCAACAAAAGAGGGAGAAAGACGAGUACUAAGCUUGUUUUUGAAGUAGGCUUUUCCUUUGAACCUCCAAAAUUUUGUAAAGAUGAAAACAUUGACUUAGACAAAGAAUUGUUGAAUCUAUACGAGGAGGGAGCAAGCAGAGGGAAUCAUGUUCCCAGAUUUUCAAUGAAAGGAAGACUAGAAAAUUGGCUGUUGGAAAAAAGGGAACGCUGCACAAGUACAACUACAAGUACAAAGGAGGAGAGAAAAACGCAAUAUACUUACUAUCAUCACUUGAGUUCAAAUCUGAAAUUCCGGUCUCAGCCAGAAUUAAUACAUUUUUUGCUUCAUGGAGGUCUUCCUCACAAACAACAUCGAAAGCAAGCAAAACAUGGAAACAAAAAACGAAACCGUGGUUGCAAGAAAAGAAAGCUGGCUGAGUAAGACGAUUGAGAAUGAGGAUAUGAUUGAAGAUCACCUGAAUAAAUUACUAUAGUUAACGUUUAACAAAAUAGUUUGUUUAUGUGUGAACGAGACAUGUUUUUGUGAGUAUAGUUUUUUAUUUUCUUAGCAAUUGUCAAGAUGCGACAACUGUUGUUUUCAAGUAGUGCUUAUGUAAUUGGUUAUAGGCGGAUAGUAGAUACUUUACAAUUUGGGACUAUUUUGAAGGAGUUGCAUUUAUUGUCUGUUGUAAUGACUUAUCAUUUCCAUUAACGAAAUUGAUCAUGUCAGUUCAAAGGAAA